AUGGUUUCAGAAUUGAUCCAAAAAUAUCUUGGAGAUGGACCAAAACUUGUACGCAAAUUAUUUCGUGUUGCCGAAGAACAUGCGCUUUCCAUCGUAUUUAUUGAUGAAUUUGAUGCUAUUGGAACUAAACGUGGUGAAAGGGAAAUUCAAAUAACUAUGUUAGAACUUUUGAAUCAGUUAGACGGGUUUGAUUCUAGAGGAGAUGUCAAGGAUCUUGAGGAAUUUGUAAUGUCUAAAGAUGAUUUGAGCGAUGCUGACAUUAAGUCUAUUUGCACUGAGGCAGAUUUGCUUGCUCUACGGGAACGUCGCAUGAAAGUAAUCGCUGAAGAUUUUAGGAAAGCGUAUGAGAAAGUUUUUUAUUGCAAGUCUGAAGGUACAGCGGAAGGAUUAUUGUACCUUUAG